AUGACCACCGGCGAAGGCGAGAUCAAUGCUGCCAGUUCAGUCAACGCCCUUUGGCUGUCCGGAUGCUUUGACCUGACAUCAACUUACUUUAUGAUUGCUGGUAUCUCUGGUGGGAAUCCCCACGUCGUCACUACCGGAUCAGUGACAUUUGCCAAGUACGCAGUGCAAGUCGGCUUGCAAGAAGAGUUUGACCAAUCUCAAGUCUCUGCGAAUGCUACCUCCGGAUACUACCCUCAAGGGGCAUACUACCCUGACGAGGCGAACCCUCAAGAUUAUCCUGGCUCGCUAUAUGGUACCGAAGUCUUCGAAGUCAAUGAGAACCUCCUUGAACGUGCUUUUUACCUGGCAUCUCUUGCCACUCUCAACGAUACGGAAGCUGCUGCCACAUAUCGCGCCACUUACGGCUACGCGCCUGCCAAUCAGCCUCCCAGCGUUGUCAAGUGCGACAGUGCUACAUCAGAUCAGUAUUGGUCUGGAUCUGUUCUUGGAUAUGCUUUCAGCAAUUUCACCGAGCUCAUGACCAACGGAACUGGACUUUACUGCGGUACUCAGCAGGAAGACAAUGCUACCCUCGAAUCUCUCCUUCGUGGUGCCAUACUGAAGAAGCUUGACUUUAGCCGCAUCAUCAUCAUGAGAACCAUCAGCGACUUUGACCGCGCUCCUCCAGGCGAGACUGAGGUUUACCAUCUGCUGUACGCAGCUCAGGAAGGCUUCUUGCCUAGCAUCCAGAAUAUCUACAUUGCAGGUAUUGAAAUUGUCAAGGACGUCUUGAUGUACUGGAAUGGAACCUAUGACAAGGGUCUGGAGCCAAGGAAUUACAUUGGAGACGUGUUUAAUAGUCUUCCUGGCAGCAUUCCACCUAAUAUCGGCAGCGCUUCUUACUAUAUCCAUUAA